CCAUUUGAGUGCUCUGUGCUUGCCCGGGGUAUUCGGUUACUUCGGUGGAGUAGUACUUCAGCAUAUCGUAUAUCUUUAGGAUAGCCAAGAAAUACGUUCGUCUCUUCGUGUUGCACAUUUCCGGAUCCUAGUUCCGGUUGCUCUGGAAGUCUUUUGGUGGACAUUGACGUUUAAUUCUUUUCUUUUCAUUCGGUGGCUUGGCGGCGCAUUUAGCAACGCCAAGACAAAAUUCAUUAAAAAUUCGGGGCAUACAGAACAACGUUUCCGGAAUGCCGACCAUUCGGCGUUGCUGCAUCAUCGGCUGCAUGUCCAAUUCCCGGCAGCAUCCGAGCAUGCAGUUCUUCGCCUUUCCACGGCCGGAAAGUCCAUUCCACAAGCUCUGGAAGGAGGCGUGCCAUGCUUCGCUGCGUAGGAUCAUACCCUUCAAGAAGCCUGUGGUGUGCGCCCUUCAUUUCGAUCCCAGUGUCUUGGGUGGACGACGCCUACAAUCGAACGCGCUGCCCACGCUGCGCCUGGAGGUGCCAUCAAAUAUGGCCGCUGUGGAGCAGCAGGCGAUGGUGGAGGAGAUCGAGCGUAGUCGCAAGUGCGCCUACAUUAAUGCAGUCGUCUACGAGUGGCUGGUACGAGCCAACAUCAAUCCACAACUGCGUGGAAGCAUCACACAUGGCAUGAUCAAGGAUAAGGCUGAGACCGCCCGUCAGGUGAUCGGCAGCACAUCUUUUAUUGCCGACAAUCGCUGGCUGAACCGGUUCCGCGAGACACAUCUGCAGGGCUUUGCCCAGAAACUUGCCAGCAAUCAGCUGAAACCCAUGGGCACUUCCCUCUGGAUUCCCGAUAUUGUCCACGACCUUCAGCACCUGUUCCCCCCGGCCAGUGCUGAGCGUGUCGCUAAGCUGGAGGAAAUGCCGGAGCACUACAUGAACUACAUGCAGCAGUAUGGCGAGUACGAAGAGGACGAAGACAGCAUGGACAUCAAGGAGCAAAGCUAUCAGGAGCAGCAGCAACAACAGCACUUCGCUCUCCAGCAGCAGCAACAGCAUCUGCAGCAGCAGCAUCAGAUGAAUCAUCCAUGGCCGCCGUUUCCGGGACACCCGUCACAUCCCCCCCAUCCGGGCUUCACCAGUUUUAACGAUUACUACUUCGAGCGCCACCAGCAACAGAUGCAGCAACAGCUUCAGCAGCAGCAACAGCAAAUGCAUCAGCCGCAGUUCCCACCAAUGACGGGUCCUGCACCACAGCCCCAUAGGGAGCCAUUCCAACCACAACUGCCACCAAAUGUUGUGCCGAAGCGUGCUAGUCCGUUCCAGCCAGUUCAGUUAGCCAAGCACCCAAAGAUUGAGUCGGCGGCUGACAUGGAAGUGCAGGAAAUCAAUUGCUCCACAAUCUCUAGAGUGUCACCAUUGCCCUUGGCUGAGUCCACACAAGCCACGCAGGACCUUACCGAACAGACGGCCAAUCUACGGCUCCCCAGUCCAAAGGAGCAAAACAACAACAGCAGCGGAGGGCGCGACAGCGCCAGUAGCAAGGAGAAUGCUCCUAAGACAAACGGUGGCCUCAGUGGAAAAUCCACUCCAGCUAACUCCACCAAGGGCAACAACUCCCCGGCGCAGCCAUGCACAUCGGCGCCAGCUUCGCCCAAGAGGAUCUCCAAUAGCAGCACCAGCUCUGGUAGCAGCCAGACAAAUGGUCACGCAUCUCCAGAACCCGAGUCGAAUGCCUUGGCCAUUACGAACGAGCUGAAGGAACUCGACAGCUACACUGACGCUCUCGAAUAUCUGAAGCCACUGGAGGAUUUUGUGCUCUUCAAAGAGAACUUUCGAGCCAUUGGCCUGCUCUCCCAAUUGGAGUUGGUGCUGCGCAAGGGCGACAAGGGCACCAUAGUCGAUGGCUAGGGGGAUGCGACGAACGCUAUUAAAUGACAAACACAAAACACAAAUGUGAUGAACAGUGUACAUACAAAUGUAUCUCGUAGAUUACUGAAAUAUGUAGUAUUAUUUUUUUUUGAACUACGUAAUUUUACUACCAUGACUUAAAAUAAAUUAAACUAAACUAAA